CCCCCGCCCUCCCAGGCCCCGUGCCCCGCGCCCGGGCCCCGGCGAUGGUGACACAUGCGGCGGCGGCGCGCCGGCGGCAGGACCAUGGUUGAGCACGCCAGCAAGUUCGUGCUGGUGGUGGCGGGCUCGGUGUGCUUCAUGCUCAUCCUGUACCAGUACGCGGGCCCGGGGCUGAGCCUGGGCGCGCCCGGCGGCCGCGCGCCGCCCGACGACCUGGACCUGUUCCCCACGCCUGACCCGCACUACGAGAAAAAGUACUACUUCCCGGUGCGCGAGCUGGAGCGCUCGCUUCGCUUCGACAUGAAGGGCGACGACGUGAUCGUCUUCCUGCACAUCCAGAAGACGGGCGGCACCACCUUCGGCCGCCACCUCGUGCAGAACGUGCGCCUCGAGGUGCCCUGCGACUGCCGGCCGGGCCAGAAGAAGUGCACCUGCUACCGGCCCAACCGCCGCGAGACAUGGCUCUUCUCCCGCUUCUCCACGGGCUGGAGCUGCGGGCUGCACGCCGACUGGACCGAGCUCACCAACUGCGUGCCUGGCGUGCUGGACCGCCGCGACCCCGCCGCGCUGCGCACCCCGAGGAAGUUCUACUAUAUCACCCUGCUGCGAGACCCUGUGUCCCGCUACCUGAGCGAGUGGCGGCACGUGCAGCGGGGCGCCACCUGGAAGACCUCGCUGCACAUGUGUGACGGGCGCACGCCCACACCGGAAGAGCUGCCGCCCUGCUACGAGGGCACGGACUGGUCAGGCUGCACGCUGCAGGAGUUCAUGGACUGUCCCUACAACCUGGCCAACAACCGCCAGGUGCGCAUGCUGGCUGACCUGAGCCUGGUGGGCUGCUACAACCUGUCCUUCAUCCCUGAGGGCAAGCGGGCCCAGCUGCUGCUGGAGAGCGCCAAGAAGAACCUCCGCGGCAUGGCCUUCUUCGGCCUGACCGAGUUCCAGCGCAAGACGCAGUACCUGUUCGAGCGGACGUUCAACCUCAAGUUCAUCCGACCCUUCAUGCAGUACAACAGCACCCGGGCGGGCGGCGUGGAGGUGGACGAGGACACCAUCCGGCGCAUCGAGGAGCUCAACGACCUGGACAUGCAGCUGUAUGACUACGCCAAGGACCUCUUCCAGCAGCGCUACCAGUACAAGCGGCAGCUGGAGCGCAGGGAGCAGCGCCUGCGGAGCCGCGAGGAGCGCCUGCGGAGCCGCGCCAAGGAGGCGCUGCCGCGGGAGGACGCUGAGGAGCCCGGCCGCGUGCCCACCGAGGACUACAUGAGCCACAUCAUCGAGAAGUGGUAGUGGCGGUCACUGCCGCGAGGAGGCCCCUGGGGGUGGAGCAGGGAAGCAGGACAGACGGAUCCACACGCAGACGGGGCUCCCCCAAGACUGGCCGGGAGGGCGUCCCAGACCUGCUCCGCAGGAAGCAGACGCAUCCUAACAGUGGGGCGGGGCUGGGGCCGGGAGUCCUGCUGUUUCUCCCAGGCCAGGGGUCUGGGUCAGAGCAAAGCGAGCUUGAGGGAGGCCCUGGGCAGGGUGGGCCUGUGGGCCAGAGGCGUCCCUGUUCUGGUCCCCACGUCCCUAGCACGACAGCUGAAGGUCUGAAGAGACAGACAGUGGGGAGUGGCCUGCCCCCAGGAGCACGUCCCUCACCAGCUAUGCACACGGCACACGCUCAGCCCCUCUGCCCUGCCGGGAGGGUGAGAGACCAGCCCGGCGACUGGCCUGGGCCCUGGGAGCUCCCAGCUCAGCCACCUGCUUCAAGGUCAGGGAGUCCAGCCCCCAGAAAGCCCACUCCCCUCUCUGGCCCAUGGUCAGAACCUGCAUUCCAAUUUCAUGCUCCAGGUCAAGGGCCAAAGCAGACCUCCGGGCCCCGCAAUCCUCAGACUGGGGGUGGCUAUGAGGGGCAGGCCCCAUGCUGCCUACCCCCAUCCAUGGCCAGAGUGGUGGGCCAGGCACAAGAGGCUGUAGCCAGGGAUGCUGCCACCUGUGCCCGAGCAUGAGUAUCCGGCUGGCCUUUAGGGGUGACCACCCAGGCAGGCCAGGCUCAGACGGUGGGGGGGGAGACGCAGGGGGAGGAACAGAGAGCUCCAGCUGCCCCCUUCUCCUUUCCAACCUCUGGAACUUGUCAGCAGGCUCCUCCAGCCCCCAACCCCAUUACUGGGACAUUUGUCCAAGGGCUUAGAUCCCACUGCUCCUGUGGCCCCGUGUAUGAAAGUACAAUCCAGCUUCCGUUGUCCGGACCCUGGGACCACAGCUGCUGCCCAUGAGCCAUGCCCGGGGCCAUGGUGGUCAGGGAAGGGGGCACAGGCUUUCAGAUUCUCAGCUAGGGUUGGAAGAAGUGGCCUCCCUGGUACCCGGGCACUCAGCCCUCCGCACCUACCUGUCCUUGCAUUCCUACCCAGCCCCUAAGGCUGGCAGCUCUGUCCCCAGCAGCACCGCAGGCCGGCAGUGGCCCUACCAGAAGCCAUGUCACAUAUCCAUUGUAAGCUCUUGCACAGUUCCCCGUCCCCCGUGCACCCUAGGAGGGCAGGCUGGUGUCUUCUCUGGUGGGCCCACACCCAGGCAACAAGUGCCCCAGGCUCUCCAGAGAACAGGUGCAUGUGCCCAGGGGCUGCAGGCCAUCUGACCGGGGGGUGAGUGUUGCAGCUUCGGCGGAUCAGAUGGACCCGCGAAGGAAGAUGAGAUCAGAUGUGAUCAGAUGAGGCUGCUACUCAGGAGGAAGCGGCUUUCAUCGUGGCUUGUCUGGCAUAAGGGCCCUCCCCUGGGCUUCCUACACUGGCCAUUUCGCCUUGGGGUAGGGCAGUCAACAGGCCAGGUGGGCACUGUGCCAGCCCAUCCCAGAGCCACCUCCAGGCGGGUGUGUCACACUAAGUAGGCGAGUGCCAAGGUGAUUUAGUAGUGUAGUUCUUUAAAGGGAGGGCAGAGUCAGUGUUGGGGGACCUGCCCUGGCACUUGUCAUUUGGGGUAAGUGCACUCCUGGGAGGAGGGUGGGGCAUGUUCAGGGGAGCCUGGUGUCUUGCAUAAGCUACAUUGGAUGCCGUGGCUUCCCGUUAGGAGGUAGGCACCCAGCUGGUGGCCUGGCUCAAGAGGGCCCUCCUCACCAUGGGCUUCCCACGCGUGCUGGCCCGGGCACAGGGUCUGUUCUGCACGUAUUGGAAUAUGUUCUAACUUGUGCCCUGCUGUCCCCGCAUGCACGGAGGCACCGGGCUCUUCUCGGUCUCUCUGCUGCGUUCGGAAAGCAGUCUCUUCUCAGGCCAAGGUGCCAGAUGUGGCAGUGGCUGGCAGUGCCCUCAGCCUGCCACGUGUCCAGCCCAGCACCUCCCACUCAGGCCACCUGCUUUGGGGCAGAGGCUCCUUGUGCCUGCAGCAUCUAGACUCCGAGGACUGUGCCGACGCAGGCAUGCAGCGCUGACGGCCCAGUCACCAGGACCCACAGACCUGCAGGCGUCCCCUCCUGGAGGGGAAGCCAGGGACAGCAGAAUCGUCCAAGCAACAACUCUGUGAACUUUUCGGGAACUGGAAUUGUUUAACUUGAACCCAGGAGCGUUUAAAGCUUUAUUUAUUUAUAGCUUCUUAAAAAAAAUGUGUUGAGAAGAAAAUUUUUUGGUUAUUCAUACAAAACAAGUUGAUGAUGGAAAAGCAAGUCAUAAUCAUCUAAUUGUUUUUGUCUAGGUUGAGAAUGAAUGUUAGCGGAUGAAAUAAACCCUGAACAGGAG